UUCCCGGCCUGUCUUGGUCAGGGUACGCAGUAAGCUGCAAACCUCGGAGUGUAGGCCACCGCUCUUACCCGCAGCAGGGAGGCCCGCAGCCGGUAGGGUGGGCUCUUCCCAGUGCCCGCCCAGCUACCGGCCAGCCUGCGCCUGCGCAGAUCUUUUGUGGUGCUGUCAGGGAGACCCCUGCGCACUCCGGAGUAAGAUGGCGACCGCGGCCAGGCGGGCCUGGGGAACUGCGGCUGUUGCCGCGGGGCUGCGCGGGCGGUUCUGUCAUAUGUUGAAGAAUCCAUACACCAUUAAGAAACAGCCUCUGCAUCAAUUUGUACAAAGGCCACUUUUCCCACUACCUGCAGCCUUUUGUAACCCAGUGAGAUACAUGUUUAUUCAAACACAGGAUACUCCAAAUCCCAACAGCUUAAAGUUUAUACCAGGAAAACCAGUUCUUGAGACAAGGACCAUGGAUUUUCCCACCCCAGCUGCAGCAUUUCGCUCCCCUCUGGCUAGGCAGUUAUUUAGGAUUGAAGGAGUAAAAAGUGUCUUCUUUGGACCAGAUUUCAUCACUGUCACAAAGGAAAAUGAAGAUUUAGACUGGAAUUUACUGAAACCAGAUAUUUAUGCAACAAUCAUGGACUUCUUUGCAUCUGGCUUACCCCUAGUUACUGAGGAAACACCUUCAGGAGAAGCAGGAUCUGAAGAAGAUGAUGAAGUUGUGGCAAUGAUUAAGGAAUUGUUAGAUACUAGAAUACGGCCAACUGUGCAGGAAGAUGGAGGGGAUGUAAUCUACAAAGGCUUUGAAGAUGGCAUCGUACAGCUGAAACUCCAGGGUUCUUGUACUAGCUGUCCUAGUUCAAUCAUUACUCUGAAAAAUGGAAUUCAGAACAUGCUGCAGUUUUAUAUUCCAGAGGUAGAAGGCGUAGAACAGGUUAUGGAUGAUGAAUCAGAUGAAAAAGAAGCAAACUCACCUUAAAAUAAUCUGGAUUUUCUUUGGGCACAACAGUCAGACUUGUUGAUAAUAUGUAUCAAGUUUUUAUUAUUAAUAUGCUGAGGAACUUGAAGAUUAAUAAAAUAUGCUCUUCAGAGAAUGAUAUAUAAA